GCUUCAUUAUCAUGGGAGGAGAAUUUAAUGUUUACGCAAAACCUCCCGUGGGUGUUGUUGUCUCCCUUUAGAGCGGUAAACAGGGACCUUAGAAGGAGGGAAUUACAUUUAAUUUAAAAUGUAUUUCUUAUUUAUUAAAACUACUUUUCACACUUCGCACAAGUAGACAGGAGUUUCUCUUUGAAGAGCAGAGUCGUGUUUGUAAAGGAAGUGCAGAGGAAUGGGCCGGAAAGAAAGAUCCCGGUCAUACGAAGAGUUUAAUGAUGACGGUGAUGAAGGAAACAAACAGUCGGCAGGAUUCUUCGAAGGUGCGAUGGAGCUGGACCGCGAGGAGACCAACGACAGCGUCUCGCCGGAGGAGGAGGAGGAGGAGGAGGAGGAGGAGGCCAGGGAGAGCAGUCCUCCCAUGAGGUUCAGUAAGAGCUGUCUGAAGAACCUCUUCAUGGUUGUGCUCAUCUUCAUCUACCUACUGCUCACCGGGGUCGCCUUCUUCCUCGCCUACCAGACCAUCUCUGACUUCCUGGAGAAAGUCAACCACCCCGUCAUGUCCGUCACCUACAAGGAGGUGGACUCCUUCUCACCCCCGGGUAUCGCUCUGUACCCCGGCAGAGCUGAGCUGCUGAGCUGCAGACAUCACUUCCACGACUACAUCCCUCCGUUAGUGGAGCCCGGGACGCACCAGGAGGGAGAGUGUGUGACUCAAGACGUGACGUACGACGGACCGUUCAGCAACCAAACCCUGGUCAGAACUGCUC